UAGAUGUGACACCACCACCACCUUCAGUGCGAGAUGAAGAGAUUAAUGCAGGUACUUUAGAAGCCUUCGAUGUGGUCUAUGAUAUUUCACCUCCAGCACCAAGUCAUACUUCACCACUUGAAAUGUCUUUUGAUGAUGGCACAGAGAAGAAUAGAAUUGUAAAUAAUAGUGAACCUUGAAGAGGAAUGUCUACUCCCAGUACUCCAGCAGACACACCAGCUACCAAGACUUAUAAUAAAGAACUGAAAGUUAUUUUUUUCAAAUUAGUUAAAAAGCCAGGCAGAGACUUCAGAAGACUCUUCGAUCAGCUGAACACAGUGCAGGGCUCAUAUGAGUCAAGAUUGAAAAUGGUGAAAGAUAUAGUACACGAGGCCAGUAGGUUUAAGCGUCACUCGUUGGUGAAACUGUUAUUUCAGUUUCUGGACUCCAUGACGAGUACGGAGAAGGGGACAGUUACUCGCCCUAGUGUCAGAGUCAAUGGUCACAGCAGAUAGAUCUGGUCACUUCAUAUUUCAGUUAGUUUAAAAAAGUAUAAUGUGUUGCCCUGCUGUGACUGUGGGGAAUGGCAUACAUGAUGAUGAAACAGUACAAUAUCUUAAAAAAUUAAUGUGUUAUAUGCACAUUAUUUUGUGAUACAGUAUAAUAAGAAAAAAAUUAUAAAAGAUAGAAAGUUAGUAGUCGCUAGUAUUUUUUCUCAGCAAGUUGUUGAAUUGUUUAUAUGUGAAUGGCAAAUUGUUUAAUGAUCUUGCUAAAAAUGUAAUUGUUUAUUGAAUAGAUUUUAUAUACAAUAUAAAUGAAUAUUGUAAGAAACAUUGAAGGGUAUGAAAGAAACAAUAUUAGGUUAAAAGGAGUGAAGUAACUGGAGACUUGUAAGCCUAAGUUGUUAGUAAACAAGCAGGAACAUAAAAACAACCAUAUAAAGCUAAAUCUAGUAAAUUAUGUACCUGAUCAGUAAAACUUGAAUGUGUAAUAAUAUGAGUCAGUUUUAUUGAAUUUUUACAAAGUCAUUCACUUGGCUUACCAUUUGUUUUCUUAGUUAAUCACAAGACUGCUUAAGAAAUUCAUUUUAUUUUGGGCCAUUUUGAUUAUUCAGACAGGUUGGAAAGUUUAAACCUUAACUGAAUUAUUCUUAUUGUUCAGCAGUUAGUGACCUGUUUUAGCCCCUUUCAUGAAGACUAUUUAUUU